CGUUACUCUACUGGAAGGGGAGACUGGCUUGCUCAGUCUGUUUUAGCUUUGAUAAAGGAGGGACAGAAAGGUGCAAGGAGCAAGUGAGCAAGGGGUGAGAGGCAACUGGAACUCUUCUUGGUGUGUGUGGAGCAGGAAUCACUUCUAGGUUAGCAGGUUGCCAUGGCAUCUGGACCCAACAUGAUGGACCCCAUUUGUCUGGUGGAAAAUGACAAUGAGCUGCUGUCAGUGAACCAGGAAGCUCUACAGAUUCUUGAGAAGAUUUCACAGCCAUUGGUGGUGGUGGCCAUUGUAGGACUGUAUCGUACAGGCAAAUCCUACUUGAUGAACCGUCUUAAAGGACAGAACAAUGGUUUCCCUCUGGGCUCUACAGUGCAGUCUAAAACAAAGGGCAUCUGGAUGUGGUGUGUGCCUCACCCUUCCAAGUCAGACCAUACCCUGGUCCUUCUGGACACAGAGGACCUGGGCGAUGUGGAAAAGGGUGACCCUAAGAAUGACUCGUGGAUCUUUGCCCUGGCUGUGCUUCUAUGUAGCAGCUUUGUCUACAACAGCGUGAACACCAUCAACCACCAGGCCUUGGAACAACUGCAUUAUGUGACAGAGCUCACAGAACUCAUCAGGGCCAAGUCCUCUUCAAGAUCUGGUGUACUAGAAGAUUCCACAGAGUUUGUGAGUUUCUUUCCAGACUUUAUCUGGACUGUACGGGAUUUCACCCUAGAACUGAUGUUAAACGGUCACCCUAUCACAGAAGAUGAAUACCUGGAGAAUGCCUUGAAGCUGAUUCCAGGCAAGAAUCCCAAAGCCCAAACAUCAAAUCUACCCAGAGAGUGUAUCAGGCAUUUCUUUCCAACACGGAAAUGUUUUGUCUUUGACCGGCCAACAAAUGAUAAAGAACUUCUAGCUGAUAUUGAGAAUGUGUCUGAAGACCAACUGGAUCCUAAAUUCCUGGAACAAACAAACAAUUUCUGUCCUUACAUCUUCACCAAUGCAAAAACCAAGACCCUCAGAGAGGGAAUCACAGUCACUGGGAACCGUCUGAGGACUCUGGUUGUGACCUAUGUGGAUACCAUCAAUACUGGAGCUGUACCUUGUUUGGAGAACGCAGUGACAACUCUGGCCCAGCUGGAGAACUCAGCGGCCGUGCAGAAGGCAGCCGACCACUACAGUGAGCAGAUGGCCCAGCAACUGAGGCUCCCCACGGACACGCUCCAGGAGCUUCUGGAGGUGCACGCAGCCUGUGAGAGGGAAGCCAUUGCGAUCUUCAUGGAGUGCUCCUUCAAGGAUGAAAAUCAGGAAUUCCAGAAGAAUCUUGUGGAAAUCAUAAAGGAUAAGAAGGAGGGUUUCUUGCUGCAGAAUGAACAGGCAUCUGUCAAAUACUGCCAGGCUAAACUUCAGGAGCUUUCCAAGGCCCUAAUGGAAAAUAUUUCAGCAGGCACUUUUUCUGUUCCUGGAGGUCAUGAACUCUACAGGAAAGCAAAGGAAAUGGUUGAAAGCGAGUAUUGCCAAGUGCCCAGGAAAGGAGUGAAGGCAAACGAAGUCCUCCAGAACUUUCUGCUGUCACAGGUGGCAAUAGAGAAAUCCAUCCUGCAGGCAGAUAAAGCCCUCAGUGAUUGGGAGAAGGCUGUAGUAGAGGAGCAGGCCAGGAGGGAGACAGCUGAGAGGGAACAGGAGCUGCUGAAACAGAAACUGCAGGAGCUGGAGCAGCAGACGGAAGCACGACAGAGGAGUCUCCAGGAAAACAUAGCCCAGCUGACAGAGAAGCUGGCGAGGAGAAGAGAAAAGCUACUGAGAGAGCACAAUAUGAUGUUGGAGCAUAAGCUGAAGGUCCAGGAAGCUCUGCUUAAAGAAGGAUUUAGAAAGAAAUCUGAGGAGAUGAAUGCAGAGAUAAAUCGUUUGAAAAAUAUGAUUGAUAAUACUAAAGAUGAUGAUACUCCCUGGCUGGCAGUAGCCUUGGACGAAUUUGGCAAAGAGAUCUCUUCACUAUUGUGCACUCCAGGCAAACUUCUUGGUCAUAUUGCAAACGAAGUCCUCCAGAACUUUCUGCUGUCACAGGUGGCAAUAGAGAAAUCCAUCCUGCAGGCAGAUAAAGCCCUCAGUGAUGGGGAGAAGGCUGUAGCAGAGGAGCAGGCCAGGAGGGAGACAGCUGAGAGGGAACAGGAGCUGCUGAAACAGAAACUGCAGGAGCUGGAGCAGCAGACGGAAGCACGACAGAGGAGUCUCCAGGAAAACAUAGCCCAGCUGACAGAGAAGCUGGUGAGGAGAAGAGAAAAGCUACUGAGAGAGCACAAUAUGACGUUGGAGCAUAAGCUGAAGGUCCAGGAAGCUCUGCUUAAAGAAGGAUUUAGAAAGAAAUCUGAGGAGAUGAAUGCAGAGAUAAAUCGUUUGAAAAAUAUGAUUGAUAAUACUAAAGAUGAUGAUACUCCCUGGCUGGCAGUAGCCUUGGACGAAUUUGGCAAAGAGAUCUCUUCACUAUUGUGCACUCCAGGCAAACUUCUUGGUCAUAUUGUGAGUGGUGUGAGCUCCCUAUUUAAAACGAAGUAGCUCUUCUUUUAAAGAAAUUAUAGAUACACAAUAUAUGUACAUGCUCUGGCCUAUGUUUGGUGUGAAUGCUUUUCACUUGCAUUCAGCAAAUCUUUAAAUAUAAAAAGUGGUUACUAGAAAAUAUCAAUGCCUGGCCCACAUUAGAUAGAAUAAAUGCACUUUGAUAUAGCAUGUUCACUUUUAGGAAAUAUAUGUGUGCAAAAUCAUAUAUAUGUAUAUAUACAUACAUACAUACAAGAGGCCCGUUGAGGCAUCCCUUUUAAUGGCAAAAGAUUGGAAACUACUUAAAUGUCCAUCUAUAUAAACUGGUAAUAUACAUUUUCCAUGUACAUAUACUGGAAUACUAUGUAGCCAGUAAAAAAAUUGAUAGUGGAGGUUUAUAUGUAUAAAUAUAGAACAACCUUGAAGAUAUAUAGUAGAGUGAAAAAAAUGAGGUACAAAACAGUUUGUAUAAUCUGUUCACCAUAAAAAAUGCAAUUAUUAUGUGCACUCAUAUAUAUGUACACAUAGAACGCCUCUGGAAGAUUCAUUAGAAAGUGGUAUCAUUGGUUCCUUCUGGGGAGAACAGCUUGGCAUUCGUGAUGGAAGGGACACACACUUUUCAUUAUAUCCUCUAUCUUCUCAAUUCUGUAAAGAAAGCUUGUAUUAUCAUUUCUCAAAUGACAAAGAAAACAUAAAGUAUAAUACUAAAAAUGAUAAUAAAUGGAAUGUGAAAUUGACUAUUAGAUGAUGAAAUUGCUCAUUGCUUCUAGAAAUGACAUCAGUCUGUUCAAUGAGUUGGAUCAGAAUACUAGAAAGCAUAAAAUUUGCAUCCUAAUCUUGUUUUCACUUUGGCUGUGUUUUUAAUCCCUUAUAUUUCUUCAAAAAGAAGGUAUAAACUUUCCUGUUACCCCUUGAAAUCUCAGCUAGAGGAGAAUGCAGCUGACAUAUUUUGAACUGUUAUUGCCUAUAGCCAUAAUGCUAAGCUCUUUCGCUAGACUCUUUAAUCCUUCAAAUAACAUUAAGAAGCAUCUACGCUUAUUGUCAACAUUUUAAAGAUCUGAACGGAGAGGCUUAGCAAGUUAAACGAACUUGCCUAAAGUUACAGACAGCAAGUAGCAGAGGAAAACAGCAGCACAUUUUAGAGGCAGUAUUUCACAUUGGGAAGAGCAAUAUAGGAAAGCACCAGACAUCCUG